AUGAGGGAUCUAGGUGAGCUCAGGUUUUUAUUAGGGAUUGAGUUUGCAAGGUCAAGUAAAUACAUACUGAUGCAUCAGAGAAAAUAUGCAUUAGAACUUAUUUCUGAAACAAGAUUGGGAAAUGCAAAACCUGCAUGGACUCCUAUUGACAACAAUAAUAAGCUAACUUCAAAGCAUUAUGAUGAUUAUGUCAAUUCAGAAGAUGACAAAGAAGAUCCUCCAGCGGAUCAAAGCAUCUAUCAGAGAUUGAUAGGAAAUCUACUAUAUCUUAUAAUGACAAGGACUAACAUUGCAUUUGGAGUACAAACAUUGAGUCAGUUUCUACAACAACCUAAAAAAACCCAUAUGGAAGCAGCUCUAAGGAUUGUUAGGUACAUAAAAGGCCAGCCUGGUCAAGGGAUAUUGUUAUCUAGCAGUCAAGACAACAAACUUACAACAUUUUGUGAUGCUGACUGGGCAUCUUGUUCUCUUACAAGGAAGUCUAUAACAGGCUAUUUUAUCAAGUUUGGUAACUCAGUGGUCUCUUGGAAAUCUAAGAAACAAUCUACUGUGCCUAGAAUUCAGCAGAAGCUGAGUACAAAAUUAUAG